GCUGUCAUGUGACCGCGCCCCGGAAUACAGGAAGAAGGCGAUUAGUAAGGAGAGUGGGUCGGUGGGCGCUUGGAAACAUGCUCCCCCUACUGGCCGCCCUGCUCCUCGCCCCCGUACAGUUUGGGGGCGCUCGUGUCAGCUAUGAGCCCACCUGGGAGUCCCUGGAUUCCAGGCCGAUUCCUGACUGGUUCGAUGACGUGAAAUUCGGCAUUUUCAUCCACUGGGGAGUCUUCUCCGUCCCCAGCUUCGGCAGCGAGUGGUUCUGGUGGUAUUGGCAAGGAAGUAAGUCUGAUGCUUAUGUCCGUUUUAUGUCAAAGAAUUACCCUCCAGGCUUCAGGUAUGAAGAUUUUGGGCCUCUAUUUACUGCUGAGUUCUAUGACCCAAAGCAAUGGGCAGACAUUUUAAAGGAGUCCGGCGCCAAGUAUGUUGUCCUCACUUCAAAACAUCACGAAGGAUACACCUUAUGGGGCUCAAAAUUUUCUUGGAAUUGGAACUCCAUGGAUGUUGGAUCAAAGCGUGACCUAGUUGGUGAGCUGGCAGAUGCUAUCCGGAAGAAUACAGAUUUGCACUUUGGACUUUACCACUCUCUUUUUGAGUGGUUUAACCCUCUUUUCCUAGCUGAUAAAAACAAUUCUUUCCGAACAAGCUAUUUCCCAAAUAGUAAAUCGUUACCUGAAUUAUACGAAAUUGUAAUGAAAUAUAGACCAGAAAUUCUUUGGUCAGAUGGCGAUGGUGAUGCCCCAUCUACCUACUGGAACAGUACUGGCUUCUUGGCUUGGCUCUACAAUGAAAGCCCGGUUAAAGAUGUCGUAGUAACUAAUGAUCGUUGGGGAUCUGGCUGCAUUUGUACACAUGGUGGCUAUUACACAUGUAGUGACCGCUAUAAUCCUGGCCACCUACUACCUCACAAGUGGGAAAACUGUAUGACUAUUGACAAGCGCUCCUGGGGAUAUCGGAGGAAUGCAUUCAUUUCCGAAUUAAUGACAAUUGAGGAACUGGUACAGGAGUUAGUUGAAACUGUCUCAUGUGGUGGAAAUCUACUAAUGAAUAUUGGCCCCACUCAUGAUGGUCGAAUUCCUGUUGUAUUUGAAGAGCGUUUGAAACAGAUGGGAAAAUGGCUUAAAGUUAACGGUGAAGCAAUUUAUAGUACAAAGCCUUGGACGGCUCAGAAUGACUCAGUGACACCAGGAGUUUGGUAUACGUGUAGGCCUCAAGAGCAGGCUGUGUAUGCUGUAUUCCUUAAAUGGCCUCUCAGCUGGAAAAUAAUCCUUGGAGAACCUAAUCCAUUUAUUGGGAAGACAGAGGUUCAACUUAUUGGAUAUGAAGGAACAUUAAAAUGGUCGCCAUUAGGAGAGAAAGGAAUGAUUGUAUCACUGCCAACCCUCAAUCCUUCCCAGAUGGCGGUCCAAUGGGGCUGGACACUGAAGGUCACUUACCUGAAGGAAGCAGUUUUAUCACCUAGGCACCAGACAUAACAUUUACGGUGUUACAGAAGAUUUAAUCAGACACAUUUCAGGGGAAUCUAAAGACGAAAAGUGAUUUUAUUUUUCUACUUAAUGAAGAAUUAUAUUUUUUUUUACAAUCAAAUAUGAGUAAAAUAAUAAUCCGUUUAUUUGUGAUAUGGUGGCAAUGACAGGAAUGGGAGAUUGAAAUACUGUACAUUUGAUUUAUAACUUAGCUUGUAGACUUAGGAAUCUUACUAUGCUAUAGGUACAGAGAGGUAUGUAUUUUUUCUACCCCCUCACAGAUUCUGUUACAAUCCACAGUAAUGUUGCCUGCUGUAUUCUGGGGGUAUUUGUUUUCCUUAAACCCUUAACGACCAAGGACGUAAAUGUACGUCCUGGUGCGAAGGUACUUCACGCACCAGGACAUACAUUUACGUCCUGUACAUAACCGCCAGCAUCGGAGCGAUGAUUGGGUCAUGUGCAGCAGGUCACGGCUAUUGAUUGCAGUCAGGGACUCACCGGUAAUGGCAAACAUUUGUGAUGGCGCGGAUGUCUGCCAUUAACCCCUCAGAUGCCGUGAUCAAUACAGAUACAUUUUAUGCUGAUCUGAUCGCCCGUGGCACAGCCGCGGGGAUCAGAUCAGCUAACAUGGCAGACGGAGGUCCCCUCACCUGCCUCUGCCGGAUUAUUCUGUUCUGGUCUGAGGUCGAGCAGACCAGAGCAGAAGAUAGCCGAUAAUACUGAUCAGUGCUAUGCCCUAAGCAUUGCACAGUACAGUAUUAGCAAUCAAAUACACAAAAAGUGUAAAAGAAAAGGGGGGGGG